AACACAGCAACAUGGCAACUUCUCCCACGGACACCAGUGAGGAAACGACCACAUAUGACUAUGAGUCUUGGACGCCUUGCCAAAAGAUGAACAUUAAGACUUUAGGAGCCAAGUUCCUGCCUCCUCUGUACUCCUUUGUGUUCAUUGUGGGUCUACUGGGCAAUGUCAUGGUGCUGCUGAUCCUUACUAAAUACAAGAGAUUCAAGAGUAUGACCAACAUCUACCUCUUCAAUUUGUCCAUUUCAGAUCUGCUUUUCCUGUUCACACUUCCCUUCUGGAUUCACUAUACUAGGCAAAAUGACUGGGUUUUUGGUCAUACCAUGUGUAAGAUCCUCUCUGGCCUUUGUUACCUGGGCUUAUAUAGUGAAAUUUUUUUCAUUGUCCUGUUGACCAUUGACAGGUAUCUAGCUGUAGUCUAUGCUGUGUUUGCCCUGAAAGCCAGGACAGUCACCUUUGGCAUCUUCACCAGCAUUAUCACAUGGGGCUUGUCAGCACUGGCAGCUCUUCCUGAGUUUAUCUUCCACGAGUCCCAGGAGGACCUGGAGAGUCAUAUAUGUAGCCCUCAUUAUCCUGAGUAUAAUGAAGACAAAUGGAAGCAUUUCCAGGCUCUGAGAAUGAACAUCUUGGGACUUGCUAUUCCAUUGGCCAUCAUGAUCAUUUGCUACACAGGAAUCAUCAAAAAACUGCUCAGAUGUCGUAAUGACAAGAAGUAUAAGGCAGUCAGACUCAUCUUUGUCAUCAUGAUUGUCUUCUUUCUUUUCUGGACACCUUAUAACCUCACUCUUCUUCUCUCUGCCUUUCAAGCAUCUUUCUUUGGGGGGAACUGUGAGAGGAGCAAACAACUGGAUGUAGCAAUGCAAGUGACUGAAGUGAUCGCUUACACUCAUUGUUGUGUCAACCCCGUGAUUUAUGCAUUUGUUGGGGAACGAUUCCGGAAGUACCUCUGUCACUUUGUCCGCAGACAUAUUGUAGUUCAUCUGUUCAACUAUAUUCCAUUCCUGCCUGGUGAGAAACUGGAACGAGCCAGCUCUAUUUCCCCAUCCACAGGGGUGCAGGAGCUUUCUGCUGCAUUUUAG